GCAGCAAGGCAAAGUCACUUGAGGUCCACCGCUAAGGAUUAUCCAAACAAAAACACCCGCAAGCGCUUAUAGGAAACAGCAAAAGCCAUGGCAAUGAGAGCUCUCGCCUUGCUGGCCAUAGUCGGCGCAGUCGGCAUGGGCCUGGUGGCCGGCGAAGGUCUGCGUCUGCCCGACCAGCAGUCGUCGAACAACAUACAGCAGGUGUAUGCGCCGCAGCCGCAACAACAGCCACAGACACUGCAAUUCCAGCAGCAGCCACAGCAGACCGGACCCGCUGGAGUGGGUGAGGAGCGUGGUCGCUCCUCCAUUUUGAGCAUCUUUGGCCUGGGAGGCAGCGACAACGAUCCGUAUCUGGCGCGCACCAACAGCAACUGUCUGGGCGGCGAUCUCUCCGAGUGCUUCAAGACCCAAGCCCUCAAUACGUUCGAUGAGAUUUUCUACAGAGAUCAGUACCGCCUCUCGGACUUUGCUCGCGUCGUGCGUCUGCCCGAGACCCAGCAGCGUUCGCUGCUGCAGGAGCCCUUCGAGUACUCGGAGGAGCCACGUGGCGAGGACGACGACUGGAAUCUGCUGGUGAAAUUCGCCCUGCGCCGCGCCGAACGCUUCAUCAAGUCCACGGCUCUGGAGGUGGAGUGGCCCGAGGAGCUCACCGAGGCCGGCCGCUACGAGGCCCGCUUCAUUGGCAACGACAUUGAUGAUGAACUGGAUGUCGUUGAGAACAAGCGAGCGGGUGCCUUCUCUCGCAAGAAGCUCAAGAAGAUGAUUAUUCCCCUGCUGUUGGUGCUGAAGAUCUUCAAGCUGAAGCUGCUCCUCUUCCUGCCCUUCAUUCUGGGCAUCGCUGGCCUCAAGAAGAUCCUCGGCCUGGCUGCCAUCAUCCUGCCCGGUCUGUUCGCCUACUUCAAGCUCUGCCGGCCUCCAGGCGGCGUGGGCGGUGCCUUCGGCGGCGGCCUCUCCGGCCUCUUUGGCAGCAAGAACACCUUCCCCGAGUACACGCCACAGGGCGUAGGUGCGGCCACGUACUACCAUCACCAUGAGCACUUCGAGGGCGGCGGCCAUGGCGGUCCACCCGGCUCCUUCCCCUAUCGCCAGGAGCCGAGCUUCGCGAAGCCCUACACUGAUUACUACAGCAAGAGCUACCAGGGACAGGGCCAACAGCAGCAGCAGCAGCAGGUGGGCGGCAACUCCGUCAGCUUUGGCGAGCCCCAUGAGGCGGCCUACAACGGCUACUACGGCCGCAACACCGGCAAGGACAUUGCCGCCGAGCCCCAACAGCAGCAGCAGCAGCAGCCACAGAAGAGCUAGAGAAGGUUCCACGGCCCGUUGUUAUUUAUUUGGCCCUUGGCCUUGUUGCAUUCCUAUAAGAAUAUUUAUUACGCUAAUUGUAAAUAAAACCCAAAACUUUCAA